GUGAUUGAAGCGAACAGUUAUCACCGGCGACGAUCGCUCGCCAUGGAUUCUUCUUCUUCUCUGUAUCCACCACCGCCGGUUCCAAUGGAACUUCAUACCGAAAACCGUGAAAAACUUUUAAAACACCUCCGUGAAAACUUAGUUUCAUCUUCUCGCCCUUUACACGGAUUUGUUCUUCUCCAGGGAGGAGAGGAGCAAACUCGUUACUGCACUGAUCAUGAAGAUCUUUUUAGGCAGGAAAGUUAUUUUGCAUAUUUGUUUGGAGUGAGGGAACCUGGGUUUUAUGGAGCUAUUGAUGUAAGCACUGGGAAAUCAAUUCUUUUUGCUCCCAGAUUGCCUGCUGAGUAUGCCAUUUGGAUGGGGGAAAUAAAGACAGUAUCUCAUUUCAAGGAAGCUUACAUGGUUAGCAUGGUGCAUUAUACCGACGAGAUUACAGAAGUCGUUAAUAAUCAGUACACUGGAACUGGGAAACCCGUGCUGUUUCUUCUACAUGGGUUGAAUACUGAUAGCAAAAAAUUUUCUAAACCAGCAGAAUUCGAGGGCAUUGAGAAGUUUGAGAAAGAUCUUGAAACUUUGCACCCUAUUCUGACUGAAUGCCGAGUUGUGAAGUCAAAACUGGAGCUUGAUGUCAUCCAGUAUGCCAAUGAUAUAAGCUCUGAAGCUCAUGUCGAGGUAAUGAGGAAAAUUAAACCAGAAAUGAAGGAGUAUCAGUUGGAAAGCAUAUUUCUUCAUCACACCUACUUUUAUGGUAGCUGUAGGCAUUGUUCAUACACUUGUAUCUGUGCGACUGGUGACAACAGUUCUGUACUUCAUUACGGGCAUGCAGCAGCCCCAAAUGACAGGACAUUGCGAGAUGGAGAUAUGGCAUUGCUUGAUAUGGGAGGCGAAUUCCAUUUUUAUGCUUCUGACAUAACCUGCUCCUUCCCUGUGAAUGGAAAAUUUACCAGUGAUCAACAACUUAUUUACAACGCCGUCCUUGAUGCUCAUGAUGCCGUUAUAUCUGCCAUGAAGCCAAGUGUAAACUGGGUGGAUAUGCACAAAUUGGCAGAGAAAAUUAUUCUUCAGGCACUGAAGAAAGGAUCCCUCCUUGUUGGUGAUGUUGAUGAAAUGAUGGUUGAACGAUUGGGUUCUGUCUUCAUGCCUCAUGGCCUGGGACAUCUCAUGGGACUUGAUACCCACGAUCCUGGUGGCUAUUUAAAGGGAGCUGUAAGACGUGCAGAACCAGGAUUAAGGUCCCUACGCACAAGUAGAGAUCUCAUGGAUGGAAUGGUGAUCACUGUUGAACCUGGAUGCUAUUUCAUUGAUGCAUUGUUGGUUCCAGCCAUGGAAUCUCCAAAGACAUCAAAGUUCUUUAAUCAUGAAGCAAUCACCAAAUUCAGAGGAUUUGGUGGAGUUCGAAUCGAGAGCGACCUGUAUGUUACCUCGAAUGGUUGUGUGAACAUGACGAAGGUUCCUAGAAAAGUCGAGGAUAUUGAAGCUGUGAUGGCUGGUGCCCCGUGGCCAAUUAAGAAAUCUACAUAUGAAAAUGGAAGAUCUUAACUUGCCGUGUAAACAGUCAGUUGUAUGUUUACACAAUGGUGGAAAAUGUUGAUAUUUGGUUUUUGAAGUUCCUACUCAGUGAUAUGAAAACGGUAAUAUGGAUGUUUUGUUUACAUUCAUGUUAGGAUAUGGCAUUACAAGUGUGGUGGGGGAUCGAUCAUGUUUGGUUAUAGAAGUUUAUUAUAUUA